CCUGCUCGGCCAGGUGUGCGAGGGAGCAGUGAAUGCCAGCCCUGCGUCACGGGCACCCCCUCCUCCCUCCCGGCUGGGAUAAAACUUCUCCUCACCUGGCAUCCAAUCUCAUUUAUCGCAGCUCCCACUUUUCCUCCCUGCCAGCCCUUCGGGAGGGCGAGGGGAGUGAGAACAAAGUGGAUAUUGGACUGGAGGGUACAGGAACCUGCAGGGAGUUAUGUGGGAUCGCGGGCUGGCUGCCCUCCCCGCCGGACCAGGAGUUGACGUUUAACCGGAAAGAGAAAAGGGACACAAAAUAGAGAGGAGGGAGGGGAAAAAAAAAGGGGGGGAAAAAAAAAAGCCCAGAGCUGGAAAUCAAGUUGCAGCAGCGAAGCAGCACGUUCCCCCUCUGCCUUCGGAAGAAUUUUUUGGCUUGGUGUGUGGGUGCCUGUUAUUCGGGCUGCGGCAGAGGAUUUGGACUCUGAGUCAGACCCAGCGCUAAUGAGGAGGAAGAGGAUGAAUGUGCUGCCACGGGCGUGUGCCAGGCUGCUCCUCCUGUCCCUGCUCUGCGCCACCGGCCUCUGCCAAUGGAGCAAAAAUAACCGCUGUGUGCUGUCCCGGGCAAAGAGCUGCACUGAGUGCAUCCGUGUGGAUAAGGACUGCUCCUUCUGCACCGACGAGAGCUUUGAGGAGCCACGAUGUGACCUGCGGGAGAACCUGCUGCGCUCAGGCUGCGGCGAGGCCAACAUCGUGUACACCCAGGGAGAGAUGAGGACACUGAAGAAUGCCAGCAUCAACACGUCCCUGCAGAGGACCCAGGUGUCCCCCCAGGCCAUGUCCAUUCGGCUGCGGGCUGGGGAGGAGAUGAGCUUUGUCAUGGACGUCUUCCAGCCCAAGGAGAGCCCUGUGGAUCUCUACAUCCUCAUGGACUUCUCCUACUCUAUGUCUGAUGAUCUGGACAACCUCAAAAGCAUGGGGCAUCAGCUAGCGGGCUUCCUGCAAAACCUGACUUCCAAUUACACCAUCGGAUUUGGCAAGUUUGUGGACAAAGUCUCGUCCCCUCAGACAGACAUGAGACCCGAAAAGCUGCGUGAGCCCUGGCCAAACGCCGACUCCCCGUUCUCCUUCAAGAACGUCAUCCGCCUGACCAGCAACAUCAACGACUUCAGCCAGGAGCUGAGCAAGGAGCGCAUCUCUGGCAACCUGGAUGCCCCCGAGGGCGGCUUCGAUGCCAUCCUGCAGACAGCUGUUUGCAAGGAUAAGAUUGGCUGGAGAAAUGACAGCACUCACCUGCUCGUGUUCUCCACCGAGUCUGCCUUUCACUAUGAAGCUGAUGGUACCAACGUCCUGGCAGGGAUCCUGGCGAGGAACGAUGAGCAGUGCCACCUGGACAGGCACGGCACCUACGUGUACGACACCAAGCAGGACUAUCCUUCAGUGCCCACGCUCGUGCGCCUGUUGGGCCAGCACAACAUCAUCCCCAUCUUUGCUGUCACCAACCACUCCUACAGCUACUAUGAGAAGCUGCACAAGUAUUUCCCCAUCUCUGAGAUCGGGGUGCUCCAGGAAGACUCUUCCAACAUUGUGGAGCUGCUCCACACAGCCUUUGAGCGCAUCCGCUCCAAGAUGGACAUUCGGGCUGAUGCCACCCCCAAAGGCCUGAAGACAGAGUUCACCUCCCCAAUGUUUGAAAAGACAGAAUCUGGCUCCUUCCACAUCAUCCGUGGAAAAGUGGGCAAGUUCCACAUGCAUGUGAACGCUCUGGAGUACGUCGGUGGGCAGCACGUCUGCAGCCUCCCCGAGAAGGAGCGGGACGGAGUCAUCCGCGUGAAACUCACGUCCCUGAGCGACAGCCUGGCGAUCAAAACUGCUGUCGUCUGCGACGUGUGUCCCUGUGAACAGCAACAAGAGUUGGACUCGCCCAAGUGCAGCUUCCACGGGAACUUUGUCUGCGGACAGUGCAUCUGCCACCCGGGCUGGCGAGGGGACACGUGCGACUGCUCCCCGGCCUCAUCCCUCAACAACAAAGCCUGCAUCCGCCCGGGGGACACGGAGCCGUGCUCGGGGCGGGGCGAGUGCCUGUGCGGGAAGUGCCAGUGCUACUCCGAGGACCAGACCCUGCGCUUCGACGGCGCCUUCUGCGAGUUCGACGUCCUGCAGUGCCCGCGCACCUCCGGCUUCCUCUGCAACGAUCGUGGCCGCUGCUCCAGGGGCGCCUGUGUGUGCGAGAGCGGCUGGGAGGGCCCAGGCUGUGAAUGUCCCACGAGCAACGACACCUGCAUCGACAGCCGAGGGGGCAUUUGCAAUAACCACGGGAGGUGUGAAUGUGGCAGGUGCAUCUGUGACAUGGCUUCGCUGUACACCAGCUCCACCUGUGAAAUCAGCUACUCCCUGGGCUUCCAGGCUGUGUGUGAGAGCAUCCGGGACUGUGUCCGCUGCCAGACCUGGGGGACGGGCAGCCUGAAAGGGAACUGCAGCUCAUGCCAGCUGCAGAUCCAGAUGGUGGAGGAGCUGAAGAAAGAGGAGGCUGGCGAGUACUGCUCCUUCCAGGAUGAGGAUGAUGAUUGCACCUACCAUUACACCCUGGAGGGAGACCCCAGCGUCCUCCCCAACACCACCGUCCGUGUGCAGAAGAAUAAAGAGUGCCCACCUGGGAGCUUCCUCUGGCUCAUCCCACUGCUCAUCUUCCUCAUCCUGCUCCUGGGACUGCUGCUCUUGCUCUGCUGGAAGUUCUGUGCCUGCUGCAAGGCUUGCCUGGCCCUGCUUCCCUGCUGCGCACGAGGUCGCACCGUUGGCUUCAAGGAGGACCACUACAUGCUCCGCCAGAGCCUCAUGUCCUCCGACCACCUGGACACGCCCCUGGUGCGCAGCGGGUCCCUCAAGGGUCGGGACACGGUCCGCUGGCAGAUCCACAACAAUGUCCACAAGCAGGGCGUCCCCUCCCCUGCUGCCACCAACCCCAAGGACCUCAUUCCCUACGGGCUGUCUUUGAGGCUGGCCCGGCUUUUCACGCAGAACCUGGUGAAAACGGACACCCGGGAGUGCGAGCAGCUGCGCAAGGAAGUGGAGGAGAAUCUGAACGACGUUUUCAAGCACAUUCCUGGCUGCCACAAGGUCCAGCAGACCAAGUUCAGGUUACAGCCCAAUUCUGGGAAAAGGCAGGAUCACACCAUUGUGGACACGGUGCUCACCGCCCCUUACUCAGCCAAGUCAGACAUCAUCAAAGUGGUGGAAAAACACGUUUCCCACGAGGCUUUCAAUGAUCUGAAGGUUGCACCGGGUUAUUACACAGUGACCUCAGACCAAGAUGCUCAGGGAAUGGUGGAGUUCCAAGAGGCCGUGGAGCUGGUGGACGUCCGUGUCCCGCUCUUUAUCAGGGAGGAUGAUGAUGAUGAGAAGCAGCUGCAGGUGGAGGCCAUCGAGGUCCCCAACGGCAUCGCAAAGAUUGGGCGCAGGGUUGUCAACAUCACCAUCAUCAAAGAACAAGCCAGCAGCCUCAUCACCUUCCUGCAGCCAGCCUAUUCCCACAGCCGCUUUGAUAAGCUGGCCAAGAUCCCUGUCGUGAGGGAGAUCCUAGAAAACGGGAAAUCCCAAGUCACCUACAGGACCCGGGACCUCACCGCCAAGAAUGGCAGGGACUACAUCCUCACGGAGGGUGAACUGGUCUUCCAGCCUGGGGAGACCCGAAAGGAGGUGCAGGUGCCCUUGCUGGAGCUGACAGAGAUAGACACCCUCCUCAACAACUGCCAGCCCAAGCAAUUUGCCAUCGACCUCCUCCACCCCAAGUACGGCGCCAAGAUCGGCCGCUACCCCCAGACCACGGUGACCAUCGCUGACCCAGAGCUGGUGGAUGGUGUCCCCUCGAUGUCUGGCCUGAGCCAGGUCCCCCAGUCCCCCAAAGGCCGCCUAAGUGCGCCGCUGAAUCCCGAUGCCCGUGCCCUCAGCUCCAGGGAAAUCAGCUUCAACUGGUUUCCUCCACCGGGAAAACCCCUGGGGUACAAGGUGAAAUACUGGAUCCAGGGAGACCCUGAGUCAGAAGCCCAUCUCAUUGAUGUCAAAACCCCAUCAGCACAGCUGAGUAACCUUUACCCCUUCUGCGACUACGAGAUGCAAGUCUGCGCCUACAACGCCAUGGGAGAAGGGACUUACUCGGACAUCAUCCGCUGCCGCACGCUGGAGGAGGUGCCCAGCGAGCCUGGGCGCUUGGCUUUCAACGUCGUGUCUUCCACCGUGACCCAGCUGAGCUGGGCUGAGCCUGCGGAAACCAACGGGGAGAUCACGGCCUACGAAGUCAGUUAUGGGCUCGUUAACGAUGACAACGUACCCGUUGGGCCCAUGAAGAAGGUGCUGGUUGAAGACCCCAAGAAGCGCAUGGUGCUGAUCGAGAACCUGCGGGAGUCGCAGCCCUAUCGCUACAUGGUGAAGGCCAGGAACGGCGCGGGCUGGGGGCCUGAGAGAGAAGCCACCAUCAACCUCGCCACGCAGCCCAAGCGCCCCAUGUCCAUCCCCAUCAUCCCUGAUGUCCCCAUCAUUGAUGCAGAGGGAGGUGAGGACUACGACAGCUACCUGAUGUACAGCACAGACGUGCUCCGCUCUCCAGCCGGCAGCAAGCGGCCCAGUGUCUCUGAUGAUUCAGGCUCCAGGUGGAAAUUUGUGCCAUUGCUGGGAGAAGACCUGGACCUUCGCCGCAUCACCUGGAGGCUCCCCCCCGAAACCAUUCCCCGCCUCUCUGGCAGCAGCCGCCUCUCCUCGGACACCGAGGGGCUCCUCCACGAGGAGGACAGCGCUGUGGCUCCUGGCAGUGUGAGGAGGAGUGGGACGCUCCGGCCCCAAGCAGAGCACUUGCUGAAUGGCCGGGUGGACUUCUCCUUCCCUGGCAGCGGCAGUGGCACCCUGACCAGGACAGCCAACACCAGCUACCACCAGCUGAGCUCCCACAUGCACCAGGAGCACAGGGUGAUGGGGAGCUCCUCGCUGACAAGAGACUACUCCACGAUGCUGAUGGGGCACGAUUACCCGGGGACACUCCUCCCUCCCAUCCAUGAAGAUGCUGGGAGGACACUCCUCCGGCCCCGGGACGUGGGUUUCAGGAGCAGGGCAAAGGUGAAGGGUUACUACCCCAGCACUGGCUGUCGGGACUCUAUAAUCAUGACCGAUGGGUCCGCAGGGAUGCGCAAGUACAUAGACUCCAGGAAGCCGCUGGGCAUCCCUGACACCCCCACCCGCCUGGUGUUCUCUGCCCUGGGCCCCACGUCCCUGAAGGUGAGCUGGCAGGAGCCACGCUGCGAGAAGGAGGUGCAGGGCUACAGCGUGCAGUACCAGCUCCUCAAUGGAGGAGAGGUGCACAGGAUCACCAUCCCCAACCCCAGCCAGAACUCGGUGGUGGUGGAGGACCUGCUGCCCAACCACUCCUACAUCUUCAAGGUGAAGGCGCAGAGCGAGGAGGGCUGGGGCCCCGAGAGGGAGGGAGUCAUCACCAUCGAGUCCCAGGUGGACCCACAGAGCCCGCUCAGCCCCGUGCCAGGUACCCCCUUCACCCUGAGCACCCCCUGUGCCCCUGGACCACUGGUUUUCACUGCCCUCAGCCCGGACUCUCUGCACCUCAGCUGGGAGAGACCCCGUGAGCCCAAUGGGCCCAUCCUGGGCUACAGGAUCACCUGUGAGAUGCUGCAUGGAGGAGGGGAGCCCAGAACAAUCUAUGUCGAAGGAGACAACCUGGAAACCACCCUGACUGUGCCCCACCUGAGUGAGAAUGUCCCGUACAAGUUCAAAGUGCAAGCCAACACCACCCAAGGCUUUGGGCCAGAGAGAGAAGGCCUCAUCACCAUUGAAUCUCAGGACAGAGGUGUUUUCUCCCAGUUUGGAGGACAGCAGUACAUGAGAGAAGAAGUUUACAAAUUCCCCACUGAAUACACCACCAAAACCAGCAUCAGCCAUUCCUCUCUGGACCCCCACUUCACAGACGGGAUGCUGGUGACCACCCAGCGCGUGGAGAACUCCAGCAGCACUCUCACCCAGGAGUUCGUGAGCCGCACCGUGAUGGCCAGCGGGACCCUCACCCAGCAGGUGGAGAGGCAGUUCUACGAGGCCUGAGCUGGGGCAGGCCAAGCACCAGCGGGACUCUUGGGAUCAGAGGGCAGGAUUUUAUGGAAUGACCCAAGGGGGCUUCAUCCAGGCGGUGCCUGGGCAGCUCCUCCUGUGGGCACAGACCGUCUGUGGCACUCCAGCCUCUGGACUUCUUUGGAGCCCAGCACACUCAGAGCUCUGGCACAGGUGGGUGUGUAAGCUCAUCCUUCAGGGCAGAAAUGGGGGUGUCUCCAUGGCUCCAGCCUCCCCAGGUAAAUGGAACAGAAUGAUUUUUUUCUCAGCUCCUUGGUUUCGAGAGGACCUCAGAAGUCAAAAUCCAGAUUUAUAGAGGGUCACCAUUUCCAUCUUUGCUCCAGGCUCUCUGGCAACUCGCCUGUCUACUGGAGAUGGUUGUUUUGUUCAGUUUGGGUUUUUUAAUGAGAGCUGCAAGGUAGGGUUUUGGGGUAACCUGUGCUUUCUUACUGCACCUAUUUGUGUCUGUCCUUCGCUGCUGGCAUUUGGUACCACGAUAGCAAAGAAUAACCCUUCAUUUGUGUUGCAUUACUUGAUGGCCUCUGAUGCUUUUUUUUUUUUUUGCAUACAAUAUUGUACAGUUUUCAUAGUAUAUAUAUAUAAAUAUAUAUAAAUGUAUUUUAUUAUUUUAUAAAAAAAUUGAGGUGGAUAAGAUCUAUCCUGAAUGUAGAGGUUACACUGGGAUUGUGGCUGCUGGGAAACAUGAAUAAUGGCAAGAAAUGAGUUAAGGGCUUGAUCCAAAGGCCACUUGGACCCUGUGAUGAGCUGGCGGGCUCUGCCUUGGACCUUGUAUCCUCCAGCACCAGAGACUCCAGCAGAAGGCUGCAAGGUGCCAGAUCCACUCGCUGCAGAGAUCCAUCAGCUGGAGCACUUGGACACAGAAGGGCUGGGAGCUGCCCAGAGGCGAGGGACGGGGAUGGCUCCAGCAGCUGAGAUGGGAACUGUGCUGGGAUUCCUUACACAGCUGCUGUGGAAAGUGUGAGAUUUCAGGGCAGAGGACGUUGGGUAUCUUUUAAAAGACUUUGUGCUCGGCAGCAACAUCAGCAAACACAAAGGAAGAGCAAGCCUGGGAACAACAGGCACUCCCACCCUCCUGAGCACAUCUGAGAUCCUUCAGCCCCAGCUUCAGGUCCACUCACACAGGGCUGGGCUGAGACCCUGCUGGGCUUCAUUUCCCAGUACUGGGCAGGAUGCCUGGAGUCUCCCUCCCUUGCAGAGCAGUGCAAGGUUUCCCUGGCGCAUUCCAGCCGCAUGGGAGCAGGCGAGGAGCCUGCCCAGAGCAGUGGUAGCAGCUUCCAACCAAAGCAGCAGCUGCCUGGGCCCCCUGGCAGCAUCACCGGCCUGCUUUGGUCUGACAAAGUACCUUAGCUUUUUUUUUUUUUUUUUUCCUGGUUUUCUUUUUUUGUUGUGUUUUAAUUUCUUUUUCCUUUGUUUUCUUUUGGACUCUGAAGAAGAGUUCAUCACGGACAGUUCCCUCUCCUCUUCAGGCUUUUUAUUUCACUAGGGGGAAGGGUUGUACAUCUUUCAGCCAAAGAUGGAUGUGGGUGAAUCAAGUCCACAGGAGUCUCCACUACUGCAGAUGGAGCUGGGUCAGUUUUUAACUUGGUUCAAGGGAUCCUUCACCAAACUUGGGGUUUUACUGUGCCUUCAAGAAGCACUUAUUUCUCCUGAGCACAUGCCAGUGGCCUGAGCCUGCCUCCCUGCCUGCUCCCAUGUCGCCUGGGGUUGGAGUUUUCUCUCCUCCUGCACAAGGACUGUGUGCCCCUUUCCCUGAGCUUUGUGGUCCCGGGUACAACACUGAGAACUGCCUAUAAAGGGAGUUUCCCAAGCAUUUAAACCAAAGAUGAUCCUGUUCUCCAAGCUCAGAGCAUGGCCCAUCAGCUGCUCUCCAGGGAGCCAGACCUUCCCCAUGCACAUGCACUAACCCAGGCCUGUCUUUUUUAAUUCCAUGUGGUUGUUAGAGCUGGUGCUGCUUCAGCCUUUCCAAGCUGGAUCCAGACCGGGUCUUUGAUCAGAUGACUUCCUCUUGCACUCAAUAAAUAUUUUCUCUAUA